UUGACUGACAAUCCUGCAGCCUAAUCCAGAGAGUGAGGAUGCAUAGCAGCAGUGAUAUGUGUCGAAUCAACAUCGGAUAACUUCUUCUUUCGGCAGUGAUUGACAAAAGCCUGAUAAUACUUUGUUCAAUCAGUCCCUGGAGACCAUUUUCAAACCUGAAGCCGUCGGGUUGAUCGGUUUGUAUCGCAUCCGGACCGGGACUUUGCAGACGUUACGUGGGGACAAUGGAAUCUAACGUGAACAGUAUCCGCCCUCAGAGGCUACAGCCGGGGAUUGGAUUCGGUUCGGGACCCACCGGAACCCUCCGCUCCUCUCUCCGGCCCGGGGUUACUGUCCCCAUCGCACCGCUCCUUCCCUCCCCAGCGUCACUGGCCGCUUCGUCCGGGCCUCCUCCUCCUCCGCCUCCGCUGCAGCUCCACAGCCUGUACGGCGGUCUGGGAGUGGGGCUCGGUCCGGGGGCUGCUGGACACUGCAACCCGGGGAACCCGGCGGUGCUGAAGGAGGCGGUGGAGGCUGUGGUCCGCAGCUUCGCCAAACACACACAAGGUUAUGGCAGAGUGAACGUGGUGGAGGCUUUGCAGGAGUUUUGGCAGAUGAAGCUGACUCGAGGGGCUGACCUGCGGAAUGGGGCUCUUGUUGUUUAUGAAAUGGUCCCAUCUAACAGCCCUCCUUAUGUCUGCUAUGUCAGUCUUCCUGGAGGAAGCUGCUUCGGGAGUUUCCAGUUCUGUCCCACCAAGGCAGAAGCGAGACGCAGUGCUGCCAAGAUUGCGCUGAUGAACUCUGUUUUCAAUGAGCAUCCCUCCCGUCGCAUCACAGACGACUUCAUCGAGAAGAGCGUCAGUGAGGCACUCGCCUCUUUCAACGGAAACAGAGAAGAAGCUGACAAUCCCAACACAGGAAUUGGAGCUUUUCGCUUCAUGCUCGAGUCCAACAAAGGGAAAUCCAUGCUGGAGUUUCAGGAGCUGAUGACUGUGUUCCAGCUGCUGCACUGGAACGGGAGUCUCAAAGCCAUGAGAGAACGACAGUGUUCCCGACAGGAAGUGCUGGCUCACUAUUCUCACCGGGCUCUGGACGACGACAUGCGCACUCAGAUGGCCGCAGACUGGGUGAAUCGAGAGCAGAGCGUGGCGGGGACCAUUCAGCAGGAAGUGGCGUCGACAGAGCGUGAGCUGGAGGACGCCAGGCUGGCAGGCAGAGAACUGCGUUUUUACAAAGAGAAGAAAGACAUCCUGAUGUUAGCUGUCGGUCAGCUCAAUGCAGCCAACACAGCCACUCUGCCCUCGCACUAAAACCCUCGGCUGUCCACCAUGAAAACAAGCCUUCACACGCCAUAGGACUCCUGGUAACAAUAUUGAUCUCUCCAUAGAUAUGAAAUUGAUUUCUCUGGACCUUAAGGUUUUUUAGCUUGUCUUCUGGUAAGAAUACCAGGUGAUCAGGCCUUGACUAAUGGAACGUCCACCAUCUGUCCAUGAUACAAACACAACACCACUAUAGCCGUUACCUCUUUGUGCCUAGUGAAAACAGGAUAACCAUGCUUUUUAAAGUUUUUUUUAAGUUUGAUAUGCCAGGUGACGAGGUUUACAGAUUUCUUCAUACUUUAUUUACUCACAUUAGAGCUGCAUAAAUAAAGCCUGCCUUUCAUCAGUGAAUGUACAAGAGAGAAAGUUCUAAACCAAACACAUUUGAUCAAAGUAAGGAUCAUUGUGAAGUUAGUUUCUUUCAUGUUUAAGGUGCGAUUACUUGCAUCUAGUACUUCAGACUCUGGCAAGUGAAGGUUUGAAAAUGUAUGAGUCUUAAAACCUUGAUGGUAAAAGACAUGAAGGUCACCACACAAAAUGCAAAAACAACAACCACUUAAAGGGUCCUACUUAGAAGAGAUUAUUACACCUUUAAGCAUUGAAAUACACUUUUUGAGUCAUGUUACAAUUAGAGGGUACUUUCCAAAAAUGUCAGCAGGAGACUGAUAUCUCUGACAGCAGCUCAGGUUUUUUAAAGAUCAGAUAGUUAACCAACAAUAUGUUUUCUUUUUGUUUUAUUGUUUUUUUUGUGAAGGCCUUUUGACAAUUAUUCUGGUGUUUGUAGUAUACUUGGUGACGGUGACACUAGCUGAAUGUAUAUUUUUAAUCAGUGAGCUGACAACUAAAGGAUCUGCAGAGUGUUUUACAUUUAGACUAUUGAGUUACUCUUGUGAUACAGAUUGUGUUUGUCAUGUGCUUCGUCUGGCUCGAACAAGGAGAAGCCACACGGCGGUGAUUGUAGGGAGAAUGUGAAGGCCAAAAAAGACGAGCCGAGGGCUCUUUAUGUUGAGAUGUUCCAGCAUGUGUGAGUCACUGUUGUCAAUGCAAAACAGUACCAGCACUUGUUGUUUGUUCUUUUGUCGGGAGAAGAGUUUGAUUGUUAGCAGUGUAAGUGGGCUAAUAACAAUGUAAGUUUGUCGCACUUAUAACCUUUUAAAUAUUUGUAUUAUGAAGGACCUUAUUCUGUCUAUGCUGUAAAUGUGAUACCUUUAUUUUUCUCUAUCUACCUAAAAUGUAUUGAAUACAAUAUAAGGAUGAAGACAUUUCAGCGGGUAGCCUUUUAAAGACCCCGUGUAAUAGAAGUGAGAGUUUGAUUGGUAAUAUAUGGCUUCGGCUGGAAUGAAUUGUGGGCAGAGAAAUAUGCGAGUAAAACAGCAGGAGGUCCGGUCUUACUGCUGAAUGAUGGAUUACCAACAGCAGCAGGAACUGAUUACAGUCAAACUGAGCAGACAGCACAUAUAAAACAAAGAAGCAGAGUUGGAGUAUGAUUAAAACCAGAACCAGUUUUUUUAUAUUAUUGCUCUGUCUUUGGUGCCUUUAUGGAAUACAUGUAAAAAAAAAGCCCAAACUGUAUCCUAACGAGGUCUUUAAGGAGGUUAUACUCUGCGUUAUGGCGUUUUCUUGUCAUUUUAUGUCAUUCAAAUUAUAGAUAACAUGCUAUAUAACUGUUACAAUACCUGAAGGAAAAGUUGACCAUUUUAUAAAUGUGCUCUUUGGCAGAGGUUGAGUGGAGAAGAUUGAUACCACUCUCAUAUCUGUACCCUAAAUAUGAAACUACAGCCAGCAGCUAGUUAGCUUAGAGACUCCUAACAUGGCAACAGUAAACAGUGAAACUGACGCUGUCCAACAGUUUUGAAAUAACCCUAUCAACAAGCCUAAAACACUCUAUCAAAUGUGACAUCAUAUUUUUUUAAUCAGCAUAAAAACAAAAGUGUAAAGCAACAUUUCUCCUUUUCACUUGAAAUAAUCUUGAAAUAGUCUGGCUAACUUUUUGCUCACAGACAACCAAGUGGUGCUAAACUUUGAUCAAGUGUUCCUCCAAGAAGUGGAUUUCCCAUAAUGUCCUCAGCCAAAAUAUAUAACAUGAUAUUUGAUAAUAAAGCAUAUAUCAAACCUA